AUGGAAGACACGACAGGGCCCGUGGUCUACCAGAAGCUGCUGCUCUGGGAACAGAGCUGGGAGUCUGAAGAAGAGGAAGAGGAGAUAUCAGAGCCUCUCAUUUUCGAUCCCUGGAAGCCCCAGGAUUCCUCUUGGAAAGAAGUUAGUGCUCGGCCCGGGGCCUGGGCCCAACUAGUCGCCACCCUGUUGCUGUUGGCUGUUGGCUUCUCUCUGGCUGUGUGGCAACUUCAUACCAGGGGUAGCUCUACAGAAAACUUGGGCUCUGUGGUCCCUCCACCCAGUGGGCACUCACACCGCCCGGGUGUGUACCACCAUGGUGCCAUCAUCAGCCCUGCAGCUGUGUGCUCCCACCUGGGCCAAGAGCUGCUUGUUGCCGGAGGCAAUGUUGUGGACGCAGGAGUCGGAGCGGCUUUGUGUCUGGCGGUAGUGCAUCCUCAUGCUACAGGGCUAGGUGCCAUGUUUUGGGGCCUCUUCUACAACAGCUCCUCGGGCAAUUCAACUGCCCUGACAUCAGGCCCAGUGCAGACCCUGGUCCCCGGCCUGGGGCUGCCCUCGGCUCUGCCCACCCUGCGCUUGCUACACACACGCUUCGGCCGCCUACCCUGGCCACGGCUGCUGGUGGGCCCCACCACACUGGCUAAAGAUGGUUUCCUCGUGGACACACCCUUGGCCAGGGCUCUGGAAGCCCAGGGCACAAAGGGCCUCUGUCCACUACUUUGCCACACUGAUGGGACGCCCCUGGGCCCUGGAGCCCGUGCCACCAACCCAAAACUGGCAGAGGUACUAGACAGGGCAGCACUUGCCCCCAGCCCAGACUUUGCUGGGGAUGCUCUACUGAGUCUGCUGGCCAAGGACCUGGGGCUGGAAGGACCCUCAGCUGAGCCUAUGCCCACCUUGGAGCCAGCGCUGCAGCUGUCUUUGGCCCAGGGCAUCCUGUUCACCACCCCCAGCCCCUCGGCUGGCCCAGAACUGCUGGCACUACUGGAAGCAGCCCUACAAUCUGGAGGACCCAGCCCUGGUCCCUGCCCACCACCCCUACAAGCUACUGAGACUCCUGUGAGCAGUGCCCUGGCCACCGUGGACAGCAGCGGUUCUGUGCUCCUUCUCGUCUCCUCACUCAAUAGCUCCUUCGGCUCUCGACACCUGUCCCCAAGCACUGGGGUUCUACUCAGCAACCUAGUGGCUAAGUCUGCAAUUAACACCUGGGCCUGCCCCCUCAUCCUUCUUGGCAGCCCAGAUGAAACAGAGGCCGAUGUGUUGGGGCUGGUGGCUUCAGGGACCCCCGUAGUAGCCGGAGUCACAACUCAUGCCCUGCUCAGCCACCUGGCUGGGCCCCAAACCCAGGCCCAGCACCAGCACCAGGCCCAGCAAGGACCGACAGAGAGCCCCAGUGUUUGUGGCCAAGGGUCUGUGCUCCAGGUGGCAGCCCAUGCAGAGCAUGCCCAUGUCUCCAGUGUACCCAGUGGCUGCUGCCCCUUCCAGGGGUUCUGAGGGUCAAGGACAGAGCAGGCCCAGCAGCGAUGGAGUGCACAAAGAGCAUGCAUGGAUUAUGUGCUCACCACUGGCUCAGGCCCUCAAACUCUGGCUUGGUCAGUUACAGGACUGGCUCUUCUCAGCUAAGGAAACUGAGGACAAUAAGAAAAGAGCACCAAGACCUGGGGCCAGCCCUGAGUUCAGAUCCAGUUCUGAAAAGGAAAGAUGGACAAAUGCCAAGCCUCUAUCUAGGCUCGGGGCCCCUUGGGCGGG